CCUCUGCAAUCGAUGCAACCGAAGUGGGCGGAGAGAGAGUCAGCGAGCAGUUUGAACCGUGUUUGAGUGCGGGCGGAAAUAUUAUAAUAACAGCGUUCUUGUCAGGGAAAGGAUACUGUAACUGUGGGAAACUCAAACAAAAAAUUGAAAGAACGGAGUAUUUAAAUCAAACUCGAACCUAAAGUAAACGCUGUUUUUACCUGAGUCGAUGACGCGAAGCCGGUUCUGGCGCUAAGUAAACCGCUCCGUCCCGCCUAGCUAACCGCUAGUUAGCCUAGAAGCUAACAUUACAGCUAGCAGUGACACGGAGCGGCUAAUCUCCAACACAAAGGACGACUUUGCGUGUCUCUGUCUUUGCCAUUCCGAAUCCUCCGCCGUAUGAGGACUGAGCCUCCUGGACAGGCUGAUCAUGGGGACAGGGAAACGCUCAGACAAGGGUCCUGCCUGCUGGAAGAGGAGGGUAAAGUCUGAGUACACCAGGCUUCGGCAGAUGAAACGCUUCAGACGGGCAGACGAGGUCAAGAUGGAGGGAGUUGGUGAUCAGCAUCUGACCUGCAGCUGGAAAAUUGGUAUGUUCAACUCCAACCGCCAAAAAAUCAUGGAGAGAACGGACAUCCUGAACCAGGAGUGGAAGACCAGGCGGAUCCAGCCCAUUCACAUCAUGACUCCAGUCAGCUCUCGAGGGACUCGAGAGUGCACAGUGGACAGUGGUUUCCCAGAGUUCUCCAGACAAGUUAUCCCCUUGAAGACCCUGAACGCUGUUGCGUCGGUUCCUGUCAUGUACUCGUGGUCGCCGCUGCAGCAGAACUUCAUGGUGGAAGAUGAGACGGUGCUGCACAACAUUCCUUACAUGGGAGAUGAGAUCCUGGACCAGGACGGCACUUUCAUUGAAGAGCUGAUCAAAAACUAUGAUGGAAAAGUCCAUGGGGACAGAGAGUGUGGCUUCAUCAACGAUGAGAUCUUUGUGGAGCUGGUUAACGCUCUGGUGCAGUACAGUGAUAAUGAGGACGACGAAGACGACGACGAGCAGGACUACAAGGUGGAAAAGAUGGAAUUGUGUGACGGCAAAGACCACACAGAGGAUCCGUGCAAGGAUGGACACAGUAACGAGAGCCGAACCAACAGUGACGGCAGCAAGAAGUUUCCCUCAGACAAGAUUUUUGAAGCCAUCUCCUCCAUGUUCCCUGACAAGGGCUCCCCGGAGGAGCUCAAAGAGAAGUACAAAGAGCUGACGGAGCAGCAGCUGCCCGGCGCUCUGCCGCCUGAGUGCACGCCCAACAUCGAUGGGCCGAACGCUCGCUCCGUGCAGCGCGAACAGAGCCUGCACUCCUUCCACACGCUGUUCUGCAGACGCUGCUUCAAAUACGACUGCUUCCUGCACCCUUUUCACGCCACUCCAAACACGUACAAGCGCAAGAACUUGGAGAACCUGGUGGAGAGUAAGCCCUGCGGCAUGGACUGCUACAUGUAUCUCGUACAGGACGGGAUGGUUCGGGAGUUUCCUGGAGGUGUUGUUGCAGAGCGGCCCAAGACGCCGUCCAAACGCUCCGUGGGUCGCCGCCGCGGACGACAGCCCAACAGCAACAGCAGCUCCCGACCCAGCACCCCCACCAUUUCCUCAGAAACCAAAGAUGCAGACAGCGACCGCGAGGACGGCAAAGAAGACGAGCGAGACAACGAUAAAGACGACGAAGACAAGAAGGACGAGAACACCAGCAGCUCAGAGGGGAACUCGCGCUGUCAGACUCCAGUGAAGAUGAAGCUGACGGCUGAAGCAGAGGCGGUGGAGUGGAGCGGCGCCGAAGCGUCUCUGUUCAGGGUUCUCAUCGGGACGUACUACGAUAACUUCUGCGCCAUCGCACGGCUCAUCGGCACCAAGACCUGCAGACAGGUUUAUGAGUUCAGGGUCAAAGAGUCAGCCAUCAUCGCUCGAGCUCCUGCUGAAGACGAGGACACGCCCCCGAGGAAGAAGAAGAGGAAACAUAGACUCUGGGCUACUCACUGCAGGAAGAUCCAGCUGAAGAAAGAUGGAUCAUCCAAUCACGUGUACAACUACCAGCCAUGUGACCACCCUCGGCAGCCCUGUGACUCCUCCUGUCCGUGUGUCACCGCACAGAACUUCUGUGAGAAGUUCUGCCAGUGCAGCUCCGAGUGCCAGAACCGUUUCCCAGGUUGUCGGUGCAAAGCCCAGUGCAAUACCAAGCAGUGCCCGUGUUACCUGGCAGUGAGAGAGUGCGACCCGGACCUCUGUCUGACCUGCGGCGCCGCAGACCACUGGGACAGCAAGAACGUGUCCUGCAAGAACUGCUCCAUCCAGAGAGGAGCGAAGAAGCACCUGCUGCUCGCCCCCUCAGACGUGGCCGGCUGGGGCAUCUUCAUCAAAGAGCCGGUCCAGAAGAACGAGUUCAUCUCCGAGUACUGUGGAGAGAUCAUCUCCCAGGACGAAGCAGACCGCAGAGGGAAGGUCUACGACAAAUACAUGUGCAGCUUCCUCUUCAACCUCAACAACGAUUUUGUGGUUGAUGCCACGAGGAAAGGAAACAAAAUUCGCUUCGCCAACCAUUCGGUCAACCCCAACUGCUAUGCAAAGGUGAUGAUGGUGAACGGGGAUCACAGAAUCGGCAUCUUUGCCAAGAGAGCCAUCCAGACCGGAGAGGAGCUCUUCUUUGACUACAGGUACAGCCAGGCAGACGCUCUGAAGUACGUGGGGAUCGAGCGCGAGAUGGAGAUCGCCUGAUCCCGACCCCUCCCUCUGUGGCUCUGCAACACAAAGGCCUUAACAACAACACAAUCACUUCAGGAAAACCGGCUGCUCCUCCAAACUCCGCUCUCUUCAGGAACACUGGGAAUAUUUGGACUUCUCGUCUUUUUCCUCUCCUGUGGGGCUCUUGGGCUGGUGAAUGUUCUCAAACAUCUCCCAAAUGUCGGCACAGGAAGGACGCAACCCCCCUCCCCCGAUCUUCAGGGACCAAAGUCCUCCAGCAGAACCGUUUGUCUUCUUUCUUCUUCUCAGAUCUGAGUUCUUUUAUCUUCCUCUGAUGCUCUGCUGGGUUUCCCAUCAUGCCUUGCUCUGUUAAACCUGCUUUGAUCAUCCAUCUGCAUCUGGUUCUGGUUCUUCAUUCUGGAACCAGAUCCAGCAGGUGAGGGAAGUUUUGAUGGGAACAUGCCAGCAUGUCGCUCGUGUCCUGAACAAUCACCGUGUUACCUGGACCAGACCCCCCCACCCCUCGGUGCUUCGACCAGCUCACUGCCUCUUCAGGAUGUCAGACGGGAGCCUCAGAGCGUUCCUGUCCUCUGGUGCUCGUAGAACCUCCGACAGCUCAGCAGCACCAGCUUCAAUCCUCUGCUGACAAACGCGUUCUUCUGCAUCUGUAAGUUGUGAACUCGGCUGGAGACUUCAGGGCUUCACGUGGUGCUUCUUCACUGGCAGCGUUCUGCUCCCGUCUGGGAAACGUGUCGCUCCGAGAGGUUCCUCUUCCAGAUGCUGUCAGACCUCCAUCUGUCUGAUCACAGGUGCUGAUUACUGUUUACAGGGAUUUUUGUUUGUUCAAAGUGAUGCAGAAUAAAAUAUUGUGGAACAUUGA